CGAAAGAGGGGAUGAGUAUUUGAAGAGCCGAAGCGCGAUUUCAUCCCUCAUACGGAGACUUGACUUGUUCAGUGAGUAUCAAUCUUUAGCCAAGAAACUUACUUAUUCGAAGUAUAGAAAGUAAAAAAAUAAUCGAGAAAUAAUCAAGAAGAAUCUUUCUUCGAGUUCCAACAGAAAUCUUUCCUCAAGUUGUAGCUGAUUUCAAGAGUUCAGACAUCCGAUAUGAAGAUAAUCAAUUACGUUUGCUGUAUCCUUGCAUUCGUCUGUUUAAUGAAUGUGAUACGUUCUGAAGAAUCUCAAAGCAAGAUGGAGCAACAGUUUUUAGAUGUUUUCACGACAGACGAAUCGUUAAAAAUGAAGAGACCUUUUUGCAAUGCAUUUACCGGAUGCGGGAAAAAAAGAAAUUUCCACGAAAAUCCAACUGACUCUCAGGAUUUGGAAAUAAAUGGCAACAUCCGACUUCCGUUUUCUAUCUAUAAGGCGUUGUUAAGGGCAGCUACCCGAAACGUGAACGAAUAUCAAGUAUCUGGAAUUCCACAGAUGUAUCUAUCUGGUAGAAUGCCUCUUCACAAAAGAAUCGACAUUCGAUCAUCAUCUUUAGAAUAAUUUCUAGAAAAAUCUCAUUGUUUGAAUAAACGAUUAAUGCGAAUUAUUCGCGAUUGUGGAAUGUUAAAAAACAUAUUAUUUUGUUAUUACAUUUCAUUUUUUCGUUCUUUCAUCUCAAUAAAUAAUUUAUUCCAGUGA